GGAAAAAAUUCCCCGUGAUUUGUUGAUCGGCAGUAAAAAGACCCCUGCAAGGCACCGUGGGGUCAGACAGAUUCAAGCAUUCGACCCCACCGAGCCUCAUCGAUUGAAGAAGUGGAAGAUCAUGAAUUAUCUGUAUGGGAGCACAAAUAGGAUAGAAGCAUGGUUCGCAUGGGAGUUAAUUAGCUCUAGUUACACGAUAGUGCCCACGAGGCGAUGCUUUUCUGUAGCACAGGCGACACAAUGGCCACGUCGAGACACCUUCCAGCAAACCAUCAAGGUGCCCGCUGAGAAGUGAGGUCAGCCCUGUUGGUGAUUGGCAAUGGAGGCUGGGCGGUCAAAAGAGACCCUUGUUCCACAGCCAUGGCGGGGGAUGGGCGCAACUCUCCACGGCGGAGUUUGAUGAUGACGAUGAUGCCAUGGGGUGAGAUCUGGAUGUAGUGGGGGAGGGAGUUCUGCUUACCUUUCAAAUCAUUUUUUUUUGUCUCUGCCACACAUAUGAUACACGGCACAUUGGCCAGCAAGCAAGGCCGCCUUAUCGCUUCAAAGAGGGUGUUCGGACGGCCAAGUCAUAGAGUAUUACCUGCUCGAGUUGGCAUUUCUCCGGGGAGCGAUCGGAGGCUUAGUCUCGCAGGACAGAAAAGAGGAAGGUCGCUUUUUGACAAGUACCGAAAGAAGGCAAAAGGCCAUCGAGGUUCUCAAAGUCUACCCACCUUUGCCGCAUGACACCCACGACAACCUAACUGGGGUUCCUUUUGUUCGCCUCCCGCCCCCCUCGUUUUUUGAUUACCUUCCAUUCAUUCCUUUGAUUCUGAUCCCAACAUUUUCGAAUGUCAAUCUUUCUUCGACUGCACCAAAUCCGUAAUCCAGACACCGGAGCUAGACCUACCGACAGAGAACAACCACCUUGAAAAGCCGCGAGUCAGGGUUCCUCGUCCCCCACAAACCGUUGCAAAGACCAAAAACAAACAAACAAAAAACAGACACCAACGGACCUCGAUAGUAUUCGAGCGAGCGAGCGAGCGGACUGCACCAAGUUCACCAUGGUCCAAGGCGACCUGGACAAUGACACGAGGGGAUGGAUAAUGUGUGCGGUGAGCGGUAUAGCAUGCAUCGCGGGCGCUUCAAUAAUAUGCAUCGACGUGUUUGUUCGCCUAAUACCCGGCCAGCGCGACUUCCGCAUCCAAGAGAGCAAUGUCUUCCUCGCAUGCUCCCUCAGCUUGAGCUUCGGUGUCAUGGUGUUCUCGGCAUUGAACAGCAUGCUUCCCUCGGCCAUGCGCUAUCUUCUUAAGGAUGAGUGGGACAGGCAAAAGGCGGGUUUACUCAUGAUGGGGUGCUUUGUUGGGGGCUUCUUUGGCAUCCAGCUCAUAUCACACGUCCUGCACCAGUACCUCCCGUCGCACAUAGUGGAAUGUGACCACACACACGAGGAAAUCCCCGACGAAGAGUCCCAACAUCACCGGCACCACCACCACUCGAGGGCACAUUUGCCCCGGCGGCAAUCCCGGCGGCCAUCGGGUCCCCCGAGCAUGGUGGAAGUCAACGAGGCCACCCCGCUACUACCCACCGAACGAAACGCACACAUACACACUCCAGUGGUAAACGGCAACGCCGAGCCCUGGGGGGAGGUUAUCACCCACUUCCCCAGCAUCGACACCCGCCGACCCUCCGAGUCUAGAAGACCCUCCUUCUUCUCUAAGCGAGUAAUGUCCUUCUUCAAGGACACGAAACCAAACUGCGACGAAGACGGGCCCUGCUUCGGAUACACGGACCCCUGUGGACAAGAAUGCUUUAAGCACGUUAACGGCCGCACGGCACUGUCCCGGAACGCCACGAUCAAGUCCAUCCCCGCGACCAUCGCCGAAGACCACGUUGAGUCGGUGACCAGCUCCCACCACCACAGCCAUAACAUCAGCCGCUCCCAUUCCUGUGCCUCUCUCCACGAUCACCACCACCAUCAUCACCACCAUGGCCAUGCCCACGAGGAGUCUCACUCCCACUCCGACUCCCACACCACCGACCCCACCGACGCAUCCAGCAUCUCCUCCUGCUGCUCCCACCCUUCCGAACCAGAAGACAACGACCACCAACAACACCACCACCACGUCCCCACCAACGCCUUCCUCGCCAUUGGCCUCCAAACCGUCAUCGCCAUUGCAGUCCACAAGCUCCCAGAGGGUUUCAUAACCUACGCAACCAACCACGUGAACUCGGCCCUCGGAUUCAACGUCUUCAUGGCUCUUUUUGUUCACAACAUUGCCGAGGGGUUUGCCAUGUCACUCCCCCUCUACAUGGCUCUCGGGUCCCGCUUCAAGGCCAUUGCUUGGUCUUCGCUGUUGGGGGGGUUGUCGCAGCCCCUGGGGGCAAGCAUAGCGGUGGUGUGGUUCAAGAUUGCGAACAGGCAGCAGCUCGAGAUCAAUGCGACGGCAUACGCGGUUAUCUUUGCGGUGACGGCGGGGAUUAUGACGAGUGUGGGUUUGCAGCUGUUUGCGGAGAGCUUGGGGUUGGGGCAUGACAGGCGGUUGAGUAUUUUUUGGGGGGUGGUGGGGAUGGUGGUUUUGGGGGGGUGUAAUUCUUUGGUGGAGGGGCAUUGAUUUUGGAUGUUAUUGGUUUUUUUUGAGGAUUAGGUAGAUGGCUUGGUGGCGUGUGGGUUGAAAGCGAUUGCAUGUUUUGGAGGUCGGAGUUGGGUGUUUUUGGGAUGGGUUAUGGGUUGUGAAUUAAACGUGAGUUUAAAGACGGUUUGGAUAUGAUAUAUGUAUGAUGGCGUUUUAGCUAGAAGGAGAACAUGAUGUGUUACACUCCCAUGUUUUGGUUUCACUAGCUCGGUGCUGAGGAGUGUCAGCGUUAAAUGUGAAAGUCUAUAUCAGGGGAUGAUGGACUA